AUGGUUUCAAGGUAUUUAGUCUCAAUAUUGGGACUUCUGCUCUUAUGUGCAUCAGCAUGGGGACAAGACUCGAAGUUGAACAUGCUAUACAAGGAUCCAAACCAGCCCAUUAAUACUCGCAUUAAGGUUCUCAUGGACCAAAUGACCUAUGAAGAGAAAAUUGGCCAGAUGGUACAGAUUGAUCGCCGUGCAGCCACACCAGAGAUCAUGAGAGAUUACUCCAUCGACAGCCUCCUAAGUGGUUCUUUAUCUAGCAGACUUGGGAUUCCUAUGAUUUAUGGGAUUGAUGUUGUUCAUGGCCACAACAAUGUUUACAAGGCUACCAUAUUUCCCCACAAUGUUGGCCUAGGAGCAACUAGAGACAAAGAUCUUGUGAAGAGGAUUGGUGCUGCAACUGCCCUUGAAGCCAGAGCUACUGGCAUACCUUAUGUCUUUGCUCUAUGCACUGCGGUAUGCAGAGAUCCAAGGUGGGGAAGAUGUUACGAGAGUUAUAGCGAAGACCCUAAAAUUGUUGAAGAUAUGAUGGAAAUCAUUCCAGGUUUACAAGGAGAUAUCCCUCCCAAUUCACCAAAGGGCAUUCCUUAUGUUGGUGGAAAGUAA